AUGACCUACCUAGCAAAUUGCAACGGAGAUUGCAAGACAUUCAAAGGCGAUACUGGAAAUGUCUGGGUAAAAAUCGAUCAAAUGGCAUACGACAGAUCGAGAGACCCUGCUUGGGCUUCAAUGUUGCUCAUGAAACAGAAUGCCACAUGGACAAUAACAGUGCCUCCGACUCUGGCACCUGGUGAUUAUGUGCUCCGACAUGAAAUUCUGGGCUUACAAGCUGCAAGCACGAGGAUGGGCGCGCAAUUCUAUCCAUCUUGUGCUCAUCUCAAAGUUUCUGGAAGCGGAACUAAUCAAUUGCCUGCUGGUGUCGCACUUCCAGGUGCAUAUGAUCCGGACGAUGUUAAAGGUAUACAUCUCCACUACAUUGUUGAUAUCGAGAUGCAUGGUAUGGAAUAUGUCGCCCCUGGAGGUGAGGUCUGGUCAGCUGCAGCGCCGCAGGCAAACGGCAUGUAA